UCUGUGCGCAGUCAGUGUUUGCUUUACGGACAUAAAAACGAUUGCUACAAACGAAGAUAAGAUGUAUUUCUUUUUGUGCUCUAGUUGUUUUGGCGAAAGUGCUUAGAUUAGUCACUCAUAGUGGACUUGUCAGUUUUUUUUCACAUUUUGGUGAGUUUUGGGCUCUUUGUUGCUGCUAUGGGAGUUCACGGACUGUGGAGGCUGCUGGAGAGCACAGGAAAGCCCAUCAACCCCGAGACACUGGAGGGGAAGAUCCUCGCUGUUGACAUCAGUAUAUGGCUGAACCAGGCAGUGAAGGGGGUGAGGGACCGUGAAGGCAACAGUGUCCAGAAUGCACAUCUUCUCACUCUCUUCCACCGCAUCUGUAAGCUGCUCUUCUUCCGCAUCAGGCCGGUGUUUGUGUUUGAUGGAGACGCACCGCUGCUGAAGAAGCAGACCUUGGCUCUGAGGAGGCAGAGGAAGGAGGAGUUGACCCAUGAGUCCAAACAGACCAAUGAGAAGCUUCUCAAAACAUUCCUUAAGAGACAAGCUAUCAAAGCUGCACUUGGAGAUCACAGUAAGGAUCCUCUUCCCAGCCUCUCGAGUGUGAGGAGAGAUGAGGUGGACGACAUGUAUGUUCUGCCAGCCCUGCCACCUGCAGAGGAGAAGGACAAAAGCAGUUCAGAAGAGGAGGAACAAAGUGAAGGGGAGGAGACAGAAGACAGUUAUUAUAUGUAUCAGGGAGGACUGCGUGGAGAAACAAACUCAGUGGACAUCAACUCAGAGGAGUUUGCAAGUCUUCCUCCUGAAAUGAAACACGAGAUUCUCAAAGACAUGAAAGAGUUCUCCAAAAGACGUCGGACCUUGAUUCACAAACCUCCAGAGCGCUCUGGAGAUUUUUCCCAGUACCAGUUGGCUGGCCUGCUGCAGAGGAACAAGCUGAACCAACAUCUGGAGGGCGUAGAGAAGGAGAUGAAUCAGCGGAGUGCUGGCAGCGCUCCACAGCUUUACCAAGAGGACGGAGAUCAGCAGAGCCACAGCGUAGAAUCACAGCGACUGGUUUCAGAAGACCAUUCACAUUAUAUUCUUAUUAAAGGCUCCAAAAAGAAUGAGAGUGCCCCUGAGAGCCAACCUGCAGUUUCACCCUGGUCUGGGAGCUCCCUGUCAGGCUGCAGAAGGCGGGUGGCGGACAAACCCAAGCCUCUGUGGCGUCCCAUCUGUGAGGAAGACGAGGAAGCGCAGACUACCUCCUCAGAAGACUCCAAACCAUCGGUUUCAAAACCGUCUGUGGGCGACACAUCGCCGCCCUCGCCUCGGACACGCACGGCAAUCCAGGCUGCUAUGAACGACAGCUCAGAUGAGGAGAAGGUGGACCAGCGUAAGGAAGAUGGUAGCGUGUCUCCUCGUACACUGCUGGCCAUCCAACAGGCUCUGAAUGAUGAAGAAGAUGGAGCAGCUGAAUGUAUGACCCGAAUAAGUAGCUCAGCCAUAAAAGUAAAGGCAGAUAUUCAUCAUCCUGUUCCACAAGUGCUCAUCAGCAGCUCAGAGGAAGAGACGGAACCUUCACCUAAAGGAACAUCGGAUUUUAAGAGGAACCCAGCAGGUCAAAGCUCAGAUGUCAGGGACAGUUUGUUAGUUAGCAGCUCUGAGGAUGAGAUGGAGGAAGUGAUUGGACAGAGAAACAGAGAACUUCGCUUGGCGGCGCUGCAGCAACCUCCCAGGACAGAGAUGGAGUCAGAGGAAGAGACAAAGACAGGACAGCUGAUGGAGGAUUUAAGGGCAAAAAAUAGGGGACAAACUGAGAAACAAGAGAAGCUUAAUAUAAGAGAAUCAGACCACAAUCCACACAAUGCUGCUGCAUCCAGUCCAGAUACAUUAUCCAUUAAUCUCUCUCCUCAGUUAUGUGGAAAACCUGCCGAUGCAAUGCCUGAAAUUCAUCCUGUGACCUUAAAGCAGAGCAGUGAAGCUCCAGAGAAGACGAAUGGAGAUAAUGUGAAGUCAGAGAGCAGCGAGGAGAGCGAGUCAGAAGAGAGCUUCAUUGAGGUGUCAGAGGAAGAAUUUAAAGAGGAGAAUACAGAUGAUUCAGCUGUAAUAACUGGAGAGAAAGAAGCUACAGAUGAAGUCCACAAAGAUGGGACAAAGAAGGAAGAAGAGUCAGAGGAAAGUUUGACAGAGACUCCCAGCCAACCAGCUGCUGUUCUGAAUCCAGAGAAAGACAAAAAGAGACAGAAUGAAGAGCAGAUAGAGGAGACAGAGACAGAAUCCAGACCAACAGAGGAAACUCCAGCCAUCAACGAAUGGGAGAACAUUGAUGUGGAUGAGCUGGAGGCUCUGGAGAGCUCCCUUCAGGUGGAACAGAGCAACCUGAGGGAACAGAAACAGCAGCAGGAGAGGAUGGCCAACACAGUCACUGGACAGAUGUACUUGGAAAGUCAGGAGCUGCUGCGACUGUUCGGCGUGCCAUUCCUGGUGGCUCCGACGGAGGCCGAGGCUCAGUGUGCAGCGCUGGAUCGCGCCGACCAGACAAACGGGACCAUCACAGACGACUCGGACGUCUGGCUGUUCGGAGGGCGACACGUUUACAAGAACUUCUUCAGCCAGAACAAAUACGUGGAACACUACCAGUACAGCGACCUGCAGAACCAGCUGGGCCUGGACAGGACUAAAAUGAUAAAUCUGGCCUACCUGCUCGGAAGCGACUACACAGAGGGCGUUCCGGGGGUCGGAUAUGUGACCGGCAUGGAGAUACUGAAUGAGUUUCCAGGGCCGGGUUUGGAGCCGCUGACACAGUUCAGUACCUGGUGGUCAGAGGCUCAGGAGAAAAAGCGUUUAGCCGCUGAUCCUCGGGAUACGAAGGUUAAGAAGAAACUGAGGGACCUAAAACUGCACCCGGGUUUUCCCAACCCUGCGGUGGCUCAGGCUUAUCUGCAACCUGCUGUUGAACAGUCGGACAGCUCCUUCAGCUGGGGACGCCCACAGCUCGACAUGAUCAAAGAGUUCUGUCUGAGUCGUUUUGGCUGGAGCAGCCGGAGAACAGAGGAGACUCUUCAGCCAGUGAUCAAGCAGCUCAACACCCAGCAGACUCAGCUCCGGAUCGACUCGUUCUUCCGCAUGGAGCAGCAGGAAAAGCAGGCGAUCCGCAGCCAGCGACUCCGCCGAGCCGUCACCUGCAUGAAAAGAAAGGAGAGAGAAGGAGGAGAGGAGGAAGAGGAGGACAGCGAGGAGGAAAAGCAUUCCCCAGCCAAAUCUAAGAAAGGGAACCUGAAGAAAGGAGAAGGAGAGAAGGGAGAGGAGAGGGUAAUGGCAGGAGGAGGGUUUCUAGGUUCAGAGGUGAUGGUUGAGUCUCCUCUAAAGUCUCUCAAAGACGUCAGCAGCAGCAGCCAGGAGUCCAUCUCAGGAAAGACUUUGCCUCAAUCUCCUAAAACUCUACCUCAGAGGACCAGAAGCAGCAGCAGCAGCAGCAGCAGCUCAGGCGAGGACAGUGAUGGCGGUCAGAAAGUCGCUAUGGUUACAGCCAGAUCUGUGUUUGAGGGCAGCCGACGAGGGCGAGGAGCAAAAAGCACGAGAGGAAGAGGAAGCACGAGAGGAAGGGGCAGGGCGAAGAAGUUGUGAGGACUUUAGAUAAACGUGAAUUGUAGUAUUUAGUGCAAAACACUGUCAAAUGUCUGUGAAAGUAGAUCUGAUAUUCAUGGGCUUGACUGAUGAAUUUUGUAAACGAUGGAUGAAAUUUAAAAUAUUUUUUGCUGUGUAGAGGUUUAUGUGUAGCAAAAUGGCAUUACUUUUUAUAAAAUCUUUGAAGUACA